AUGGCGGCUUUUGCUUCAACUCUCUCUCUUUCUUCCACCAAGCUUUUCGACUCUUCCUUCCAUGGCUCAUCAAUCUCCGCCGCACCUGUCUCCUUCGCUCUCAAAUCACGAUCUAACGUCGUCUCCGUUCGCGCCACUUCUGGUUACGAUCUCAACGCCUUCACUUUCGAUCCGAUCAAGGAAUCGAUCGUGUCUCGUGAGAUGACAAGGAGGUAUAUGACUGAUAUGAUCACUUACGCCGAGACUGAUGUCGUAGUCGUUGGUGCUGGAUCCGCUGGUUUAUCUGCUGCUUAUGAGAUCAGUAAGAACCCUAACGUUCAGGUCGCGAUUAUCGAGCAAUCGGUUAGUCCUGGUGGUGGUGCUUGGCUCGGUGGUCAGCUUUUCUCCGCCAUGAUUGUGCGUAAGCCAGCUCACUUGUUCCUAGACGAGAUUGGUGUAGCUUACGAUGAGCAAGACACCUACGUCGUGGUCAAGCACGCGGCUUUGUUUACAUCAACCAUCAUGAGCAAGCUCUUGGCUCGUCCCAACGUGAAGCUCUUCAACGCUGUGGCGGCUGAGGAUCUGAUCGUGAAAGGAAACAGAGUUGCUGGUGUGGUGACUAACUGGGCUCUUGUCUCGAUGAACCACGAUACACAGUCUUGUAUGGAUCCUAAUGUUAUGGAAGCCAAGAUUGUUGUCAGCUCUUGUGGUCACGAUGGUCCCUUUGGAGCCACUGGUGUGAAAAGGUUGAAGAGCAUUGGAUUGAUCGAUCAUGUUCCUGGAAUGAAAGCACUCGACAUGAACACAGCUGAAGAUGCUAUUGUGAGAUUGACCAGGGAGGUUGUUCCCGGUAUGAUUGUGACCGGUAUGGAAGUUGCAGAGAUCGAUGGUGCACCGAGAAUGGGACCAACAUUUGGAGCUAUGAUGAUAUCGGGACAGAAGGCAGGACAACUUGCUCUUAAAGCUUUGGGACUGCCCAACGCUUUGGAUGGAACGAACGUCGGAGACCUAAGCCCAGAGCUGGUAUUAGCCGCUGCUGAUUCAGCUGAAACCGUAGAUGCUUAA